AAGCAGGAGGGACUGGCAGUUUGUGUGCAAGAGGGAAAGCAAAUAGGUCCAGGGCCUCUGGAUUAGCGACUAAGGAAAGGAGAGAAAGAAAAUUUAUCUGAAAAACAAAGGUGUAUUUCUGCAGCAGGAUUUCAAGGAAGAGAGCCUGUCUGCCCAGACUACAGGGGAAUACUCUCCAGGCACCACACACACAGACGUAUUCCCCUGGAUUAGUGACACUGUUAUUUAGUCUUGCUCUUGCUGAGAAGGCUUCCCCACAACACUUCAACAAUGAAUUUCCUCCGAAGGCGUCUCUCAGACAGUAGUUUUGUGGCUAAUUUGCCCAAUGGCUACAUGAUGGACCUGCAGCGUCCUGACAACUCCACUAGCUCUCCAGUUUCUCCUGCCAUGGAGAGAAAGCAUCCACAGCCACCGCAGCCAUCCCACUCUUCCUCUCCUGGCACCAGCAUCUUCAGCUCCAUCUCUAGCGCCAUGAAGCAAACCACACAAGCAGCUGCAGGACUAAUCGAUCACUCAGCCAGCCCCACACCACCUGUGGCCCAGAAACCCAAGAUCCUCUUGGUGAUCGAUGAUGCACACACAGACUGGGCCAAAUAUUUCCAGGGGAAGAAGGUGAAUGAAGAAUUUGAUAUCCGAGUGGAACAGGCUGAGUUCUCCGAGCUGAACCUGGCUGCUUAUGUCACCGGGGGCUGCAUGGUGGACAUGCAGGUCACGAGGAACAGCACCAAGGUGGUAAGGUCCUUCAAGCCGGAUUUUGUUCUGAUCCGGCAGCAUGCCUACAGCAUGGCAUUGGGAGAGGACUUCCGCAGCCUCAUCAUCGGCCUCCAGUAUGGUGGCAUCCACACUGUCAACUCCCUCUACUCCAUCUACAACUUCUGCAGCAAGCCCUGGGUGUUUUCUCAGCUCAUUAAAAUCUUCAACUCACUGGGUCCUGAGAAGUUCCCCCUCGUGGAGCAAACGUUCUUCCCAAGCCAUAAGCAGAUGCACACAACCCCGAAUUUCCCUGUAGUAGUCAAGCUGGGACAUGCUCAUGCUGGAAUGGGGAAGGUCAAAGUUGAGAGCCAAUACGACUUCCGAGAUAUGGCUAGCAUAGUAGCCAUGGCAAAAACCUACGCCACCACCGAGCCGUUCAUCGACUCCAAGUACGACAUCCGAAUCCAGAAAAUCGGCAGCAAUUAUAAGGCUUACAUGAGGACGUCCAUCUCUGGAAACUGGAAGGCAAACACAGGUUCUGCCAUGCUAGAACAGAUUGCAAUGACAGAGAGGUACAGACUCUGGGCGGACGCCUGCGCAGAAAUGUUUGGAGGUCUUGAUAUUUGCGCUGUCAAAGCUGUCCACAGCAAAGAUGGAAAAGACUAUAUCAUUGAGGUGAUGGACAGCUCAAUGCCUCUGAUCGGGGAGCAUGUGGAAGAGGACAGACAGCUUAUAGCAGAUCUGGUUGUUUCCAAAAUGAGUCAGCUUGUCACAACAGCUGGAUCUACCCCGUCACCGCUGAGGCCUUGGCCUCCACAAGUUCAGCCUCAGUCAGUGAAAUCUCAGCCUGGACCUCAGCUUGGACAACUGUCCCAACCACGGCCUCCUCCCCAAGGUGGACCACGUCAGCCUCAGGGAUCCCAGCCUCCACGGACAACCGCACCACCCCAGCAACGGCUUUCUCCACAAGGACAGCAGCCCCAGAGUCCUCAGUCCACUUCACCUCAGCAACAAAGGUCACCUGGAUCUCCACAGCAAGUCCGAUCAGCAACUGGGUCCUCCCCAGUGCAGGCUUCCAAGCCAGGCGUCUUUCCUCCACAGCAGCCUAGACCUCCUGCUCAAGGCCAGGGUCCUAGCCAGCCGAGUCCCACUGAUGUGUCCAAGCAGCAGGCCACCCCACACCCACAUCUGAACAAAUCACAGUCCCUGACAAACACCUUCAGCAUAUCUGAAUCAUCUCAGCGGGGGAAUGCCAAUGAAGAUGAAGCAAAAGCUGAGACCAUCCGCAAUCUGAGGAAAUCGUUUGCUAGCCUGUUUUCCGAUUAACAGCCCUGCAGCUGGAUCUGUGCUUUUGUCAGCCCUUACUCUUCAUAUCAGCCUAACCUGAUGUCAUCCUGGAAUAUACUCGAUGGUACCUAGCAAUUCACACAAAGAUUUCAACUAAUACCUGGGUAAAAGGAACUUAGAAACCUAUAAUUGUUUUAAUUACAAAAAAAAAAUCUAAUAAUGGUCUGAAAAGUGACUGUACAAAAGUGGCACUAUUUCCUUGUUCUUUGCGAAUACUCAGAAUCACAUCUGCUCAAAUGACUGAGUUGUAAAGCAAAUUUUACUCCUGCUAACCCCUGUGGAGUCAACACAGUUAUGACAGUGCAAACUAGAUUGUAUUUGUAUAUAGUCAAUAGAAUUGUUAAUUUGCAAUUACAGAACCCCUCGUUGAGGCCGAGCUAAAAAGAACAUAGGCUGAUUUCAGAAACAGAUUGCAAAGAUUGUUAUAAGAAUAAGCAUUCAUUGACUGAUAAAGUGAGCAUUCCAGAGCUUGGAAACAGCAUGAAUUGUGGAACUUCAUGAUACCAACUUGAUAAAAAGUCACUUUUCAGAGCAAAACUACAUUCAAGUAAAAUGUGGUACUAGGCGUCAGUAAACGCCAAAGCUCACAUGUGCAGAGCAUCCAGAUGGACCGCAUGUCUGCUCCAGUUCUCUCUGCUCAUAGCAGUUAAAAUGUCUCUGUUUCGUGCCUUGCAUUUAUGUUCCCUGCAUGUGAUUCUUGAGUUCUGAGAGAAAAAUGUCAUGUUCUAACUGUGGAGCCUUAGCUCAAAAAUAACCUGAGAAAUGGGCCUUCCACACAAAAAACAACCUCUUCCCCUGCCCCCAGAACCACCACGGAGUUCACAUCCACAGUUCACACAAAUUCCAGAUGAAACCUGGCUAAACUCCAAGUACUUUGGUGACUUGGUCACAUCUGGUAAAUGCGUCCCCCAGGAACAAGCACAAUUAAUAGCAGAGCUGAUGAAGUGCACAUACUCGUGUGCUGAGUGUUCCAUAAUACAAACUGGAUAGAGAGAUGGAGUGAAAUCCUGUCUCCCUUCUUGAACUCCCAUUGAUUUCACUGGAGUGAGUGCAAAAUGAAUGCAAGGUGACAGACCUGUGACAGAACCGGAAAACUAACAUUUAGAAAUAAGAUGAGCCAGGGUAGAUCCAGUGACUCUCGGCAAUGGGAAGGCAACAUAUCCAAAUAAACAUGCAGGUGUGUGUAGUUUAGAAUGGGAGGUCAUGCAAAGCAGGUAAUGAUCAGUAUUAGAUGUCCUCCCUCAGCAACCACAGGGAUUAUUCUUCUGUCAGAGAUGGAAGAAAAACAGUAUUUCUUUGCCCAGUGUACUUUACCUCCAGGCCUCCAAUACAGAAUGAAGUAGCAUUUGAGCACAAAUGGGGACUGGGUCAUGGCAAAAAUAGGAAUGGCCCAAGCUACGUUUGCAAUUUAAAAAACUUGGUGUAAAUCAAUAUAGCUAUGGCUAUUUCUAUCAGCCAAGAGAAUCUACCCCUUGAACUGUGGUAGUUCUGUUUACAACACACCUAAUGAAAACACCAAUUCCCAUACCACCACCUGACAGACAUGAGGCAGGUCUCUAUGGGGAGGCAGGCAAGCUUCCUCAAUUUUUCCUCAGGCUUUGCCAUGUAACUUGGUCACAAACUCUGCAUGCAGCUUCAAGGCCAGACUUUUAACUUUGCAUCUCCCUUUGCAACUCCCCAUGGGUUACACUUAGGAGUACCAAUGGAAGUAAAUAAGCUAAAAACUUUCCAGCCAAUGGCACAGAUCUUUCCUGUCAUUUAAAUGGGGAGAUCCCCAAAGCAGCAACACCAACAGCAGCAUUUGCCAUCUUGGAUCUUAUGAUUCACAGAUCAUAGUGGGAAUGAAGCCAAACAAGCAAUUCCUUUCUGCACAGCACCUGUAAUGAACAUCUAGAUCCAAUCUGGAUGUAGUAUAACCUACCCCUGAACAGAGCUUUACACAUAUAACGGCUUUUGUGACCUGUACACUUUCAGGCAAGCAACUUGCAUAGCUUUUCCAGGUUGGAAGGCUCUCGAGGCACUCAUCUGGAUCAAUGAUUUAUAUCUCAAGUUCAGUAUUAAAGAACCACCUUAUUCCCUGAUGGUUUGUCUUU